UGCGUAUUUACUUCGUGACGUAGAGCUGCAGAGAGUGCUUCAGUUCAGAACAGUAUUCCAUAUCUUGCUGAAGGGGUGAAGUCAGCUGUAAGAAUCUGUUUGCUGGUUAUUGUGAAUUAGAUUCGUUUUUCGUCUCGAGAAGAUGUCUUACGCCUACUUGUUCAAAUACAUCAUCAUCGGAGACACAGGUGUCGGCAAAUCAUGCCUUCUCCUCCAAUUCACUGACAAACGCUUCCAGCCUGUUCAUGACCUCACAAUUGGUGUGGAAUUUGGUGCACGCAUGAUAACCAUUGAUGGAAAGCAAAUUAAACUGCAGAUUUGGGAUACUGCAGGACAGGAGGCUUUCCGCUCAAUCACACGGUCAUAUUAUCGUGGAGCUGCUGGUGCCCUACUGGUUUAUGACAUCACCAGACGGGAAACUUUCAACCAUCUUACAACUUGGCUUGAAGAUGCUCGCCAGCAUUCAAAUUCCAAUAUGGUUAUUAUGCUUAUUGGAAAUAAAAGUGACUUGGAAACACGCCGAGAAGUGAAGAAGGAGGAGGGUGAGGCAUUCGCUCAUGAACAUGGUCUAAUUUUCAUGGAAACUUCAGCCAAAACUGCUGCAAAUGUUGAAGAAGCUUUCAUCAAUACCGCUAAAGAGAUCUAUGAGAAAAUUCAGGAGGGUGUCUUUGACAUCAAUAAUGAGGCUAAUGGCAUAAAGAUCGGGCCGCAGCAUUCACCUACAAAUGCCAGUCUGCCAUCAAGCGGACAGGGAGCUGGACAAGGUGGUGGCUGCUGCUAAGGACACAAUGGCAUUUGCACAAGUGGAACGGAAAACCCAUGGCAGCAUGACCAAGGCCAGCACAAAUUCAAGAAGUUAAACCAGUGAUCAGCUCUGUCAAAACCUCUCUAUUUUUGUUAAUUGUUGGUCAAUGCUAGUAAGGGAAAAUUAAAAGAUGGCAUAUUUAUUUGCUAUACGAGCAGUGUAAGCAGUAAAAGCUCAUUGGAUGUGCUAUUCUUCCUUAAAUAUAAGGUUAUAUUAUUAUAUUCUGUGAAACUGGCCUCUUAUGAGUAUGGAACAAACAGAAGAUAAAGACUCAACUUAAACCAUGUGAACGAAACUUCAAGUUUUUGGCAGUUUGCAAUGUCAAAACUUGUUUUUUCCUCUUAUGUGAUUUUUAGAAAGUGCAUGCUUUUUAUUUAAAUGAUCUGUACAAUUCUGACAGUGCUAGAGUAGGAUUCAUAACGUACUGCAUCAUGCAUGUUUGCCCUCAUUUCUGCAACAUUUAUUUCAUGCCCUGUGUGGACUACUGUCAAAUCUAUCAUACAAAGAACACAAUGAAAGCUUUCCUUUUUUUUAUGUUGUCCUGUAUGUUCUUCAGAAUUUUCCUCCCUUAUUAAACAUGAGCAAGAGCAUUACACAAGUUUUGCAUUUUGGUACGUUAAUGUAUCUUUCCCAAUUCCUCCUCUUUUUUUGUGUGUGAGUAUUUGACUGAUGUCUUUUGUGAACAUGUGACUAAUAGACAUUAGUUUUUGUUUCAUUUUAGCUUUAUAUGAACAGUGUGAUGAAUUUACUGUAUUUUAGCUCUGCAGUUCAUUGAAAUUUUUUUAUUCCUAAGUUUCUGUUUUCAAGACAUGGUUCAUUGAUAAGUUUUCUGUUUGAGAAUUGGUUCAUUGAUGUAAGGAUAUGAAACUUGAAUGAAUGUUGGUUGCCCCAUUAUUUUGGGCUGCAUGGGUGUUACCAAAGUUAAUCUGAAUACUUUAUAUUGUAAUUAGUUGGCUUCAAUGUAAGAUUGGUGUGACAUUUCCUAGUCCUAACGAUGCUUCUCCAUCACACUCUAAUUUGAUUCAGCAGCACUCCCAGUGGUUGCCCUAUAUGUUUUUGAUUACUGAUCUUCUUGUCUGCAUCAAACAAAGAGUUUUGUUGUUUGUUGAUUUUUUUUUGUUUUUUUUUAAAUCUAUCUAGUGUUAUACACACCUUGCUGGUCAUUUUUUCAGGAAAUCAAGUUAAUGUUUGAUCAAAGCACAUUUGUAUACAUUCCCCUCAAUAUCCCAUUCUAAAUUAAUUGUUUAGUGUGGGCUUUUGUAUCUUGCCUUCUUAGGUUCUCUUUGUGUUCUUACAACCACAUUGAACUUUUAAUUUGUAGUACCUUUGAUCAAGUGAACCAGAUAUUUGAAGGAUAGAUAAGUAAAGCAAACCAAUCGUAUCUGGGAGGUGGAGAAUGUCAUCGAAUGUGUUACUUAAAGAGAGUGUAUUGUCAUUUCAUUAAAUUAAAGUGACUACAUUUCAACGUAUAAAAAGAUUUCUCUAAAGUACAAUAAAAUUGAUAAAAAUGAA